CUAGUAUACUCAUAAGUUAUAAAAUGGCAGUCGCCAGAGUUCUUCAGCCAACAAUCACCAUCUCGUGCCAUUCCUUUCCCAAAUCAUUGAGAUAACCCAGACCCCCAAGAUGAAGUACGUCCAACUUGGCACCAGUGGUCUUCACAUCGCACCCCUCGGCGUGGGGUGCGCGAGCUUUGGGGACCCCGAGGGACGUCUCAAGUGGACGACGCCGGAGGAAGAAGCCCUGCCAGUCCUGAACCAUUGUUACGAGUCCGGCCUCAACUUCUUCGACACCGCGAACUCGUAUUCCAAUGGCAAGUCCGAAGAGAUCCUGGGCAAGGCAAUCAGGAAGUACAACUGGCGUCGGGAGAACAUCGUGGUUGCCACGAAGGUCUGGGCACCGGUCGGUCGCGGGCUCGAACAGCCGCUCGCCAUGAGCGAAGAGGAGCGAAACAAUUCCGGCUACGUCAACCAGUCUGGACUGAGCCGCAAGCAUAUCUUCGAGAGCGUGGACGCGAGCCUGAAGAGGCUUGGGCUCCCCUAUGUCGAUUUGCUGCAAAUCCACCGCUUCGAUCCGAAAACCCCCGUCAAGGAAACCAUGGAAGCGCUUCACGAUGUGGUCAAGUCAGGCAAGGUUCUCUAUCUCGGUGCCUCGUCCAUGUGGGCCCAUCAACUCCUCGAGUACCAGUAUACCGCGCGCAUGAAUGGGUGGACGGAGUUUAUCUCGAUGCAGAACCUGUAUAACGCGGUCUAUCGCGAAGAAGAACGCGAAAUGUACCCGGCCUGCCAGAAGUUCGGAAUGGGUGGCAUUCCCUGGAGUCCCGUCUCCAUGGGCUUCCUGGCUCGCCCCUGGAACGACUUCGCCGCUACCCCCCGAGGCGAGGGCCAGAGUGGCUUCCUAGGACAGCCGUAUUCGGAUGCCGAUAAGAAGGUGAAUGAGCGGGUUGAAGAGAUUGCCAAAGCGCGUGGUGUGCCGAUGGCCGUGGUCGCUAUUGCCUGGUGCCUCUCCAAGCCUUUCAUCACGGCGCCCAUCGUGGGAAUAAGCAAAAAGGAAAGGGUCGACGAGGCCGUCCAAGCCAAGAAGGUGAUCGGACACGUGUGAGAAGCAAAGUGAGAUACUUUCAACUUUUCCGUGU